AUGCCACAGCCCUGCUUUCCAUUAUGCGCCGAAAAAAGGGAUUUUAUGGAGGUCAGUGAUUUGUCUUAUGUAAAUUGAAAAAAUCUGAAAAUGGAAGAAUUCCAUUGGAAGUGCGCUCUACUACGCAAAGAGCAUUAAUUUCUAGCGCCAGAAUUCCAAACAUUCAAAUCAAGUAGAGAGCACUUCCAUCCAGAAAUCGCAGUACAAUAUCUAAAAAUGAUCUUAAAAAAGGUUUUUGACGAGAAAUAUGCCAAAACUUUUUUGAAGCUGCUUUUGCACACGUACAUGAAGCGGAAAUUGGCUCAAAAGAAUGCAAUGUGGCACACGCAUCGACGCACUGAUAAAAGAGGCCCUCUGGCCAGCGAUAAGAGCGACAAGUGUUGGGUUUUAUGGUGCAUCGGCAGAAUCGAGACUGAAAAUUAAAAGUUGAAAGUGUCGGCGUCGCAUUUUGAUGUAUCAUCGAGAUGUUUGACGUGGCGGUCAUAGAGAAAAAGAGGAAGAAAAGGGCAAAGUAUGUCAUUUCUUCUAUUUUUUCGACCUCUAAAACCUCAAUGAUAAAAAAUUGGCGACCGAGUUGUGUAGUAGUUAGACGGUGGAGCGCAAUAGCGCAAUGUGAGCUUUUAGCUUUGAAUUUGAACUUUCAGCACAAUCCGGCGCGGAACAGCACCGAUUUCUAUCGCGAGUAUGAUCCGAUGAUCGGCAUCGGGACUGCCGCCGUUUUAGCUCUUUUCUUUUUCACAAUCACGAUCAACGGGUUAGUUUUCAGCUCUUUUACACGUAAAGCUGCAUUUUACUAAUUGGAGCACACUUGCAACACUAAUUUUCUAAUAGUAUGCGUUCAGAUGUCUGCGUUGCGCGAUCCGCAAGUACAAAAUGCACAAAUUCUACAAAGAGAUUCGGAAAGCAGAAGAAGAGAACGCUCGAAAGAAUACGCCGCCCGUACUUUGUGAAACAGUCUGA